UACGUUACACGCUGCGGCACAAAAACCGACGGAAGGAGAACAGAACAAUUCUCGAGUUCUACUAUCCCUACGCGAUUGUCGAUCUUCGAGUCCCACGGACCCCUGGUUCUCUGACCGAUUUGCGAGUGCUGCGACUGUUGGCAAUACUUUUAUAGUAACGCAGCAGUUACACACGAGUGAAUGUUUGCUGUCCCUGCCACGUUCAGAUCAAGUCUUGGGAAGAGGAAGAGGUCUACAAUCCUUUCGGAUGACCUAACUGGCGCAGCACAUAUCUCAGAUAACGCCGUGGAGCAUGAAAAAGACGUGCACAAUGAACGAUCUGCCUUAGCUGAACAGCCUGAAUCAGAACUUGCUGAUCUCCCGGAUGAAGUCAUUGAUCCAACUGACGAAGUCGAACUGAAGGAGGACGAAUCAGAUCUGAGACAGCAUCUCCUCCCGCCAGACCUCAUACAACUACCAACUAUGUCUACUACCAGAUCCUUGCAAAAGCGUCACCUGACGGCUCUCACUGCCCUUAUGCAUGUCUCGUUGCUUCGGAGAGAUUGGGAACGGGCGUACAAAGCCUUCUCCGUCCUGAUUCGCAUGAAAGAUGUCAAUUUCAAAAAGAUAUGGGGUAUUGGCCUUGAGGUGCUCAAACACGCACGACCAGAUAAGGCCCCUCUUUACCUCAAAAGGAUGUGCAUCAGGUAUCCUGUCUUGUCUAAUGCAAACAAGGACGCACUGGACGCUCGAACCUUUUUCAGAGCAUUGAUACUGCUGAGAAUUGAGAGGGCACAACACAACCCAAAGGAGUACAGUAUUGCUCAGGAAGAAAUGGAAGAGAAACUGUCUGAUCCAUCCUAUACAGAUGAUCCGAUGUUGCACACAUAUACUGGCAUGGUGUGUCUCGCUCGCUCUGGUCAUGAGACAGACAUUAGAAUCAGAGAAAUGUUACGGGAGAUUGCACGUAAAUGCUUUGAGGCGACAGCGAUAAAGGGGGGUGUCACGGGAAUCUCUCAUCAGAUAUUGAGGGAAUUGCAAGCUUUGAAGAAAGAUGAAAGCAAGGACGACAGUGAAGACUGACAUUUCCAGUGAUAGCCAGCCGUUUACCACAUGAAUCUUUGCAUCUCGCC